AAAUGGUGGUGAGAAACAAUAAUUGUAGUAUGACGAUAAAGUUUUGGCUCCAAAAGAUGGGUGUCCCAGUCCCAGCAGCCUUGAGCUUUGCGAUUGCGAGCAUCUUUUGGGUGACAGUCGUCCUCCAUGUCACUGCAGAGCCUCCUUUCGCAUGCGACUGGUCCAACCCUUCCUCCAGAUCCUACCCCUUCUGCAACCCCAAGCUCCCCAUUCCCCAACGAACCAACGACCUCCUCUCCCGACUCACCCUCGCCGAGAAACUCUCUCAGCUCGUCAACACCGCCCCUCCCAUCCCCCGCCUCGCCAUCCCCGCCUACCAGUGGUGGAGCGAGGCCCUCCACGGCGUCGGAAGCGUGGGCCGCGGCGUCCGCUUCAACGGCACCGUCACCUCCGCCACGAGCUUCCCCCAGGUGAUCCUCACCGCAGCCUCCUUCGACUCCCGCCUCUGGUACGAAAUCGGUGACGCCAUCGGCGUGGAAGCGAGGGGCAUCUACAAUGCGGGGCAGAGCAUGGGCCUGACCUUUUGGGCCCCCAACAUUAACCUCUUUAGGGAUCCAAGAUGGGGCAGGGGCCAGGAGACAGCCGGCGAAGACCCUCUCCUCACCUCUCGCUACGCCGUCUCCUACGUCCGAGGCCUCCAAGGAGAUUCCUUCCAAGGAGGCAAACUGCGAGGCCACCUCCAAGCCUCCGCCUGCUGCAAGCAUUUCACCGCUUAUGAUUUGGAUAAUUGGAAAGGCGUGGAUCGCUUUCGCUUCGAUGCUCGCGUAUCUUUGCAAGACCUGGCGGAUACAUAUCAGCCUCCGUUUGAGAGUUGCGUGCAGCAAGGGCGGGCCAGUGGGAUAAUGUGCGCUUACAACCGCGUGAACGGGGUUCCCAACUGUGCGGAUUUCGAUCUCUUGACUAAAACCGCUAGAAAACAGUGGGAUUUCCAUGGCUACAUUACGUCGGAUUGUGGUGCAGUGGGGAUCAUUCAUGACCAGCAAGGCUAUGCAAAAUCAGCAGAGGAUGCUGUUGCUGAUGUGCUUCGAGCUGGGAUGGAUGUGGAAUGUGGUUCUUAUUUGACGGAUCAUGCUAAAUCAGCAGUGUUGCAGAAAAAGUUAGCCAUGUCUGAAAUAGACCGUGCCCUUCACAAUCUGUUUUCUAUUAGAAUGAGGCUAGGCCUGUUUGAUGGAAAUCCAACAAGGCUACCAUUUGGGAUGAUUGGCCCGAAUCAUGUGUGUUCCAAAGAUCACCAAUAUCUGGCUCUUGAAGCUGCAAGAAAUGGCAUUGUUCUCUUAAAAAACACUGCAGCACUUCUCCCACUUCCCAAAACAAGCCCCAGCAUUUCCUUAGCAGUGAUAGGUCCCAAUGCCAAUGCUUCUCCGCUGACUCUUCUUGGAAACUAUGCUGGCCCUCCUUGUAACUACGUCACAAUAUUGCAAGGGUUUCAGCACUAUGCCAAGAACGCCGUUUAUCAUCCUGGCUGUGAUGGUGGACCAAAGUGUUCUUCGGCUCAAAUAGAGCAGGCAGUGGAAGUUGCCAAAAAAGUUGAUUAUGUGGUGCUGGUUAUGGGAUUGGAUCAAAGUGAAGAGAGGGAAGAACGUGAUCGCAUUCACCUAGACUUGCCAGGAAAGCAACUGGAACUCAUCAACAGCGUUGCCGAAGCUUCUAAGAAACCAGUUAUUCUGGUGCUCCUUUGUGGAGGGCCUGUAGAUAUCAGUUCAGCCAAGUAUAACCACAAAAUUGGAGGCAUCCUCUGGGCUGGUUAUCCAGGGGAACUUGGAGGCAUUGCACUUGCACAGAUUAUCUUUGGUGACCAUAAUCCAGGAGGAAGACUACCAAUUACUUGGUACCCAAAAGAUUACAUCAAAGUACCAAUGACAGACAUGAGGAUGCGAGCAGAUCCUUCAACUGGCUAUCCCGGGAGGACUUACCGAUUUUACAAGGGUCCAAAGGUGUAUGAAUUUGGCUAUGGCCUAAGCUACUCAAAGUAUUCCUACGAGUUCGUUUCUGUUACACACAACAAGCUUCACUUGAACCAAUCAUCCACUUAUUUGAUGGUUGAAAAUUCAGAAACCAUAAGGUACAAACUAAUUUCGGAGUUGGGUGAAGAAACCUGCCAAAGCAUGUCGGUCUCAGUGAGCGUGAAAGUUCAAAAUCAUGGAAGCAGGGUGGGGAAACAUCCCGUAUUGCUAUUUAUGAGACCUGGAAAACAGAGUAGUGGAAGUCCUGUGAAACAGUUGGUAGGUUUCCAGAGUGUGAUGCUUGAUGCAGGGGAAAUGACUCAUGUUGGAUUUGUGGUAAGCCCUUGUGAACAUCUUAGUAGAGCGAAUGAGGCUGGUGCAAAGAUAAUAGAAGAAGGGUCUCAUGUGUUGCUUGUGGAUGAUCAAGAACACCCUAUAGAUAUAUUUGUUUGAUGCUACAGAUUUAGCCAACCUGUUUCUGAAACACGCUGCACUUCGGGUUGAGACCAACAAGGGUAAUAUAAUUUCGUUUGGUUCCUGGCUCCAUGGUUUUUGCAUCUGAAAUUCGGAUGAACGAAGCACUGUUUCUAUGUUGCAUGUUGAAGUAGGUCCUCUGAUUAUUGACCCGGAUAAACCAGGUCACUGAAUUGAACUGUAUGUUUCAUCUAAUAAUUAUUUUAAUACUAUUCGCUUGUAGAGAAUGCUUCAUAAUGGUUACAAAUAAUCGUGGAAACAUUCCACGAUACUAGUGUUCAAUUGUUCAUUCAACGUGUCAAUAUGAGAACAAAAUUUCAGUUUAUAAAA